AUUUACAAAAUUCAUCUUUAAUAGCUUUAUCUUUAACAACUUUAGAAAGUUCAAUUUUAGUAGCUUUGUGUAAUGAUUUAUCUUCAAUAGUUUCGCACUAUUCUUCUGAAGAAAUUGAAAUAGAAAAUGAAAAUAAAUCACAUCUAAAGCAUUCUGAGAGAAGAUCACCAGAUCCUGUUCAUGAACAUCCUAUUAAGCUUGAAAUGCAUCUUGCGAAGAAGUGUGAAG